AUUAUACCAUCGCAACCCUCCGGUUCUGGGAUGGAUUGACACUAGAAACUGACUGAGUUACAAUGAAGGUUUUCAAUCUCGUGGGCGCUGGUGCCUUCGUAUUGACAUUGGCACCACUCCCCGCCAUUGCCGAUUUCCCUGCUUUCCCUACUGUUCUUAAGGUUUGGUGUCGCUCCCUGCCAGGUGACGAUAGUUGGCCGACUGUUUCCCAAUGGAAAAAUCUCAAUUCGAGUGUUGGUGGCCGUUUGAUCAAGACUUAUCCAUUAGGCUCUGUGUGCCACGAUCCUGCCUAUGACGCUGCAAAAUGCGCAUCCUUGCAAACCGCGUGGACAGAUGCACAGCUACAUAUGGAGUCCUCAUCUUCUGUUAUGGCACCUUUUUUUGCCAACCAGAGUUGUGAUCCAUGGACACCGACAUUGCGACCGUGUACCCUUGGAAAUUAUGUGAGCUACAGCGUCAAUGCCACAUCCGCCGACGAUAUCAUAGAAGCUGUGAACUUCGCACAAGAACACAACAUCCGCCUUGUUAUUCGAAACACAGGACACGAUUACAGUGGAAAGUCAAUCGGUGCUGGAGCGUUAGCGGUCUGGACGCAUCAUCUCAAGUCCACCCAAGUUCUAGAUUGGAAGGAUUCGUACUAUGAUGGCAAGGCGAUCAAGAUGGGCGCUGGCGUCCAGGGCUUUGAAGCUAUGGCAGCUGCAAAGGCUGAAGGUCUAGUUUCCAUAGGGGGUGAAUGCCCGACAGUUGGAGUCGCAGGUGGCUACACACAAGGUGGUGGCCAUUCUGCAUUGAGCACCUCAUUCGGUCUUGGUGCUGAUCAAACUCUGUCUUUCGAGGUGGUCACAUCUAAAGGGCAUCUUGUAACGGCCUCUCGCACACAGAACAGCGAUCUUUAUUGGGCGUUGAGUGGAGGCGGCGGAGGAACCUAUGGAAUUGUGGUGUCUAUGACUGCGAAGGCAUACCCCGAUGCUAUCGUCGGUGGCGCGACACUCAUUUUUCAAUCCUCGUCGACGACCGCGGAUAACUUCUACGCUGGAGUUGAAAAGUUCCACUCCCUACUCCCAGCCAUGGUAGACUCUGGUUCGAUGAUAGUCUACUUCUUCGAUGACACGUUCUUUCAGAUCGGGCCACUUACUGCAUACAACAAAACCUCCACGGAAGUUAAAUCGGUCCUGAGCGACUUUGUAGAAGCGCUAGACGAACUCCAGAUUCCAUACAAUGUUUCCUAUUCGCAAUCAGCGACUUACACCGAUCACUACAAUACCUACUUCGGCCCGUUGCCGUAUGGAAAUAUUAAGGUCGGCAUCGCUCAAUAUGGGGGCCGACUAAUCCCACGCGCAACCAUUCAAAACAAUAAUGCCGCAUUUAUGAAAAUGGCCCGUAACAUUACGCAAGACGGCGUCCUCUUCAUUGGAGUUGGCACUGAUGUAUCCGCUCCGGCGGAGAUGGUCUCAAAUUCUGUCCUCCCCGCCUGGAGGGAUACCCUCAUCCACGCUACCAUAACCACUCCGUGGAACUUCACUGCUCCAUGGGCAGGCAUGAUUGCAUUACAAGAUAAGAUGACCGACUCUAUCCAGCCACAAAUCGAGGCCGUGACGCCCGGAAGUGGAGCAUACAUGAACGAGGCAGACUUCAGACAGCCCGAUUACAAAGAAGCAUUCUUUGGGAGCAACUACCCGAAGUUGUUAAAAAUCAAGGAUAAGUGGGACGGAGAUUAUUUGUUCUAUGCCAUCAAAAGUGUGGGGAGCGAUCAUUGGAAUGUGGCUGCAGAUGGGAGAAUGUGUAGAGCAUGAUGUGACGACUCCUGUCGCCCAAAAGUCUGAAAGGGGGCUAGAUAGAUUUUGAGCAAUUUAACCCCAUAGAGAUUAUCAUCUCAGUUUCAUUUUUAAAUUCUAGAUUCUACAAUCGCUGUUGUUAUGUACAGCCCCUCUUCGGACCUUUGGGCAGCACCAGUACCCAUUCAAGAAUACGACGCG